UGCUUUUUAGGAAACGUUCUUACAUGUACGUACAGUUAUCAAUCACAUGAAGUCUGCUUUGGUGAUUGGAGCCUCCCGAGGAAUAGGUAAACAAGUUGCCAUUACUUUAUCUAGAAAUGGUUAUUCAGUGGGCGUUGCUGCAAAAACGGAAGUCUCCAAGGAAUCACUUCCGGGUUCAAUCCAUGAUGUAGUGCGUGACAUCACUAGCGAAGGAGGAGUUGCAAUACCAAUCAAAUGCAAUGCCAGAAAGAGUAGUGACAUUCAGGAUGCUGUGACCACCUGUAUAAAACAGUUUGGUAAACUUGAUUUAGCAGUAUACAACGCAGGAGCUAUUUUAUGGAAGCCUGUUAUAGAAACGCCAUUGUCAAAGUUUGAUCUUUUACAUGAGGUGAAUGUCAGAGGGGCAUAUACCAUGGUACAAGAGGUGCUCCCGCAUUUCCUCGAAAGAAAUUCAGGAAGGAUAAUACUGGUAUCACCUCCUAUUUACAGUAGAUUUUUUAAAGGCAAGACGCCAUACAGCAUAAGUAAGAUUGGAAUGACCAUCCUUACUCAUGGUCUUGCUAAUGAAUUAAAAGGCACAGGGGUAUCUAUAUCCUCCUUGUGGCCAGCUACCGCUAUUAAAGCCUUUGUCACGGAGAAGCUCCAGACUCCCUCAGCUGUCAUGAGAACUCCUGAUGUUUUUGCUGAUGCCGUUUUAAAAAUCGCCGAAGAAAAAUCAGACAAGUAUAUUCCAAAAUUUAAAAUUUUCUAGCAUUUACUUUUCUUAUAUUA